UGGAGCUUGCACUUUACCCGACACUAGUUUAGCCCUUAGUUUCCCCAAUCGGCAAGCCGCUUAUAAUAAGGGCAAACAUUUGACCAGAGGAAUGCAUAUUCAAAUCAAAUUCAAUGGAUUUGUUUGAAUAACACGACUUAAACAGCUUAAACCUUCUCUUUCCCGAGAAAGAUCACAGUUGUUCAUUUGAUUAUCGAUGGCGGUAAAUUCAACCCAAAUGCUAUAGAAAUCGAGAAUCUUCAAAGUGCUGAUCCCAUGGAGGAAGGUGAUAAAAGCACUGGUGUUGGUGGAGAAACCUCUACGAGGGUUUCAGCGGGUUCAACAUCUUGGUUAUGUGCUAGCCGCCAAAGAUUCACCAUCGAACUCAGGCCUGGUGAAACCACGAUAGUUUCUUGGAAGAGGCUUAUCAAAGAUGCCCAGGACACGUCUCCUCAUUUGACUGCCCCAAACACUGAGGAUUCUCUGGAUGAAUGUUGUCGAGAUGACAAGUCAACAAGUAAACAAAAUGGAUUACUUGUAAAGUUUGAUAAAUUGGAAUGCACAAAUGAAAUAGUUUUGUCAGUGGCUCAACCAUCAAGAAAACGAAGUAAAAAUAUGGCUGAAGCUCAAGGAGAGAAAGUUGGUGAUCACGAACCUAGUAAGCAUGUGAAAGUAGAACAGGGGAGGCUAAAUUUUGUUGCAACAAAUGCAGUGCCUAGAGAACAAUCUUUUGUUCUCUUGCAGAACUUAGAUGCUAAUAGUGAACAUGAUAAAAAAUUGCUUGAUCUCUUUAGUACUUCUGUAAGCUCUAUUAGAACAACUACUAAUAUUGGAACUAAGUUUGAGCAUUCUUCAUGCAUAGGAGUCUCAAAUAAAGAUGCUUCUAUAUCUCCAUCAAAUUCAGAGGAUGUUGAUAAGUAUAGGAGAGUAACCGUCCAUUCCAACAAUUUAGAGAAUAAUACAAACUCUCUAGCUACAAAUCAGAAGUAUGUGGAAAAAAAGCCUUGUAAAAAACUUGAGUCUCCUGUCAGAAAAUUGAUGAUUGAAAAUGACGUGGAAGGAAUUUCCACGAAGGUAGAGCAGAGGGAGAAAUCAUGCGGUGAACUGCCAGAUCUUAAUCUUCCUGUUUAUCCAAUGCAGUCAGAGAAAAGUCACUCUUUGCAGUCAAAAGAUGUUUCUAAUUUGAGGACAAAAGGAAUAAUGCUUGAAAGGGCAAUGAGAGAGUUGGAGAAAGUUGUUGCAGAAUCAAGACUAUCAACUAUGGAAGUUCAGGAUAUUGAUGCUUCAUCUACCACUAUCAAAAGAAGGUUGCCUUGUGAAGUGAAGCAGAAGCUUGCUAAAGUUGCUAGACUAGCACGCUCAAGCCAAGGGAAAAUAUCCAAGGAGUUAAUUAACAACCUUAUGAAUAUUCUCGGACAUUCGGUGCAAUUGAGAACAUUGAAGAGGAACUUAAAAGAGAUGAUUUUAAUGGGACUCUCGGCAAAGCAAGAAAAAGCUUCUAGAUUUGAACAGAUCAAAUUGGAGGUCAUUGAAAUGAUCAAAUCGCAGGCAUCUAUGCUAGGAGAUGUACCAACUUGUGACAUACAAGAAGUGGUUGGUUAUGAAGAAAAAGUAGCCCUUAAAAAACAAUACAGCAUGGAUAACGUCAUUGAGGAUAAAAUUUGUGAUCUUUAUGACUUGUACACUCAGGGGAUAGAUGAAGACAAAGGUCCGCAAAUCAGAAAGUUAUAUGUCGAGCUUGCAGAAUUGUGGCCAAAUGGGAUCAUGGACAAACAUGGUAUAAAAAGCGCAAUUUGUAGGGCAAAGGAACGUAGAAGGGCAUUGUGUGAACAUGAUAAGGUUAGAGAGGACAGGAGAAAGAAGUCGGCACAGAAAAUGAAGACCGGUGUUGUAGAAGCUUGUUCAGUUUCUCAAUUGCAGGCUGAGCAAGAGAAUCAAGCUUCUGCGUCUAGUGGUCACGUAUUAGCUUUGCCUUGUAUGACAAUUUAUUGUAAAGAAACCCUGGACCAGCACCUUGCUGCACCACUUGACAGUUGCAGUGUGCCACCAAAUUCGAGCCUGGAUAUUUCUGAAGAAGAGAAGAAUGAGAAAAUGACUAUCCCAAUGCUGAAAAAGCAAAUGAAGCACAAGAAUAGAGUGAAGAAAUUAUCCAUGAAACUGGAAAAGGGAUCUCAUAAGUCUCAUAAGCAGGCUAUUAGACAUCCAGAUGGUGCGAGUCAUGAAUUGGCUGCCCCCCCAAGCUGUGGACAUCCUGUUUGAUUUGGCUAUUUUCAACUUAAAUUUCACAACAUGGAGAGUGAGGCGAUGUAAAAUUGCAAAUUUGCAUGUAUAAUUUUAGGGGAUCAGCUGAAUUUUGGUAAAAAUAUCAUGGAGGUUAUUGUAUUAGGAGUCAAAUUGCAUUUUACUCUUUUUACUAAAAAAAUGAGCAAAUUAAUUUAUGUGCGUUA